AUGGCGACUUCUAGGCCAAGUUCUUCCAAACGAAUUAAUGUUUUGGAUCCUAACUUUGAGGAAAUUGCCAUGAGAUGGUUCAAUGAGGUAGACAAUGAAAACAGUGAUAUUGAACCUGAUGAAAAUGUGUUCAUUGAGAGUGAACAUGAGUCAACAAGCGAGCAAGAGGCGUCUGACGAUGAUCCUGAUUACGAGAUUGAACAUGACGAAGACAUGGAUAUUUCCAGUGGCGAAGAUGAUGCUACUAUCGGAAGUGAACAGGUGUUAGAACCUAACAGAUCAGGAAAUGAACGUAAACGAGAAAAUAAAUACCUGUUCUUGAACACGGUGCGAACGUACAAGAAGAAAACUGCAAGAGGUAUUAUUCCAAUUGAACAAUAUGAAAGUGCCAUGCAGGCCAUAUUACAAGAAAAAUUAUCAAUUAGAGAUGCUGCUACUCGCUACGGGAAGAACCUUUCUGCAACAGAAAUAGGACACUUGGCUAGUUGUGAAUGUCAUGGGGCCAAUGUCAAAACGACCGUGGGGCCAACUUAUUUGGCAACAUCGCAACAAAGAGUAAGAGUCAAUAAAGUUUAUUGCCCGUUUGCGUUUUGUUAUGAACAUGUCUAUCCGAUCUCUCGAGAGCUGUCACUUACACCGCCCCAAGUCAUUUUCAGCCCUAGCUUUCAAUUGAUGCUUAUUCUGUUUGGUGAUAUAGGUGAUGAAAUACCUAAAUUACCGCCCCCUGCUCACCAAUCCUUCUACCCCGAGAAGUUCCUGAACAUCAAUCCUGAGCUCCUCCUCCCCAACACUUUGUCGAGCAGGUUACUUCCGGUUCACGCUUGUCCUGAUUUAUUGAAUAUCUAUUAUGAGCUCACUGAGUCUAGACUUCGUAAUGGUAUUUGCCACAUGCUAGAAAAAUGUCAUGCAAAGUUUAGCAAACGUAAGUCUACAUCAACAUAG